AUGGGAUCAGAUAAGAAAAGAAAACAAGAAGAGGGGUUGAAUGGUGAUUUGCUGGAGAAGAAGAGAUUGAAGUUGGAGAAGAAAGAAGCUAAGAGGUUGGCUAAGAGGGAGAACAAAGAAAAGAAGGAAAAGAAGGAAAAGAAGGAAAACAAGGAAAAGAAGGAGAAGAAAGAAAAGAAAGAGAAGAGUGAUAAGAAGGAGAAGAAAGAGAAGAGUGACAAGAAGGAAAGUAAGAAGGAAAAUGCAACAGAUGGUGAUGGUUACAAACAAUCAUCCAAAUUAACCAAUACUCCACAAUCAACAAUCGAUGAAUUCUUAACCACUAAUGAAGUGACAAUUGAAGAUCCCCAGCACCUCCAAUACCGUCCAAUUCUCGAAUUUGAUCAAAUCAACCUUAAUCCAACCGUUGCUUCCAAAUUAACCAAAUUUGACAAGCCAACGCCUAUCCAAUCGGUAUCAUGGCCAUUUUUACUUGAUGGCAAAGAUGUAAUUGGUGUUGCUGAAACUGGGUCUGGUAAAACAUUUGCGUUUGGUGUGCCGGCAAUCAACAACAUUAUUACCCAUGGUAAUGAUCAGGAGCUUAGUGUAUUGUGUAUUUCACCCACACGUGAAUUAGCAUUGCAGAUUUAUGACAAUUUACAAGAAUUAACUCAAGGCACCCCCAUUUCUUGUGUGGCCAUUUAUGGAGGAGUUUCAAAAGAUGAUCAAGUUAAAAAGAUUAGACUGGGAGCUAAUGUAAUUGUGGCAACACCAGGUCGUUUAGUUGAUUUAAUUAAUGAUGGAGCUAUUGAUUUAAGUACGAUUAACUAUUUAGUUUUGGAUGAAGCUGAUCGUAUGUUGGAAAAGGGGUUUGAAGAAGAUAUCAAACAUAUAAUUGGAUCAACUAAUGCUCAACAAAGACAAACGUUGAUGUUUACUGCCACGUGGCCUAAAGAAGUUAGGGAGUUGGCUAAUAAUUUUAUGCACUCGCCAAUUAAAUUGACAAUUGGAGACCGUGAUGAAUUGAGUGCCAAUAAACGAAUUACGCAAAUUGUUGAAGUGUUGGAUGAUAAAUUCCAAAAAGAACUGAAGCUUAUAUCAUUGUUGAAUAAAUACCAACACACAGGAGGUGUGGAUAACAAGAUUUUGGUAUUUGCAUUGUACAAAAAGGAGGCAUCAAGAAUUGAAGCAUUAUUGCGUCGAAAUAGAUUCAAAGUGGCAGCAAUCCAUGGUGAUUUAUCACAACAACAACGUACCCAAGCACUUGGCUCAUUCAAACUGGGUGAAUGCAAUCUAUUGUUAGCUACUGAUGUAGCAGCUAGAGGGUUGGACAUUCCCAAUGUCAAGUAUGUUAUUAAUUUAACAUUCCCUUUGACUAUUGAAGACUAUGUUCAUAGAAUAGGAAGAACAGGAAGAGCAGGUCAAACUGGUGUUGCACACACGUUAUUUACUGAAGACGAGAAACAUCUUAGUGGUGCCUUGUGUAAUAUCUUGCGUGGUGCUAAUCAACCAGUGCCUGAACAAUUGUUGAAGUUUGGUGGCCAUACGAAAAAGAAGGCUCAUUCAGUAUAUGGUGCAUUUUAUAAGGACGUGGAUAUGACCAAGACGGCAAAGAAGAUUAAAUUUGAUUAA